UGUUUCUCAAGUACGCGUGUAUUCUAGAGUUCUUAGGAUUAUUAUCUGUAUGCUUGGCAUAUAAAUUAUUUCCCAUUGUAACAAAUGAUGAUGUCUUAAUAGAUAUACCUGCCAAUACGAAUGUGACAACGGGUCCAUUUGUUCGAAUCACCCAUGGAUAUUAUUUUUUCGAGAUGAAUGUAAAGAAGAACUGGUUCGAAGCCUAUCAGUCUUGUCAUCUUAUGGACGCCGAACUGUUAUCGAUCGAAACCCAAGAAGAAUGGCGUGACAUCAAUGCAUAUGUACAAGAAUUCAAUAUCGGUGAAUUUUACUGGACAUCGGGAACAGAUCAGGGAAAAAUUGGACAGCAUGUUUGGUUUGCCAAUAACAAACAUAUCGACAAAGCAAUGUGGGGCCCAAACCAACCGGAUAAUGCCAAUAAAAUGGAGCACUGUGUCGAAUACAAUUGGGCCAAAAGUAAAACCGGUUCAUGGAUAAACGAUCGACCAUGUGACUUUCAAAAUCGAUAUAUCUGCGAGGCUCGACAACCCAAAACAGCAUCCUUUGUCGUUUGGUAAUGAAAUCCUUUUUUGUUUUGUGAAAUUAUUAUAUAUUU